CCAGAUCGAUCCCCACAUCAGCAUUUUUCACGGUCAGGUAUUUACAACAUCUUUACGACAGAGUCUUCGAGCUAAACACCUUCAGUCUUUCACUCGUCCUUCUAAUUCCCCUGAGUCAACAGUUUUCCUUUUUUCGCCAUGUCAGAUGUUCGAUCGUUACUACGAAGUGAGCUUGCUUCCCGCAGGGGCUCGCCCCAGACAGGGAGUAGUACGCCAAAUCGUGUCACAAAGAAACGAAAGGUAGAUCCAUCAGAUGGGUUGGCACGUAAAAAAGUGAGGCACGCCAAUGCAGAUCAGCUGCUAGCGAGUGCCCAGAUACGACCUCCAAGCGCACAGGCUAUCUCAGAGGGAGAAGAUAUUGAAUCGACAGCACAGGAAACUACGAAACAAAAAUCUCCGUCAGACACAAACAUCGCAGAGGAAGAAAUCGCAACAACGGAACAACAAUUCCAAGCCACUACAAUCUCUCUAAGCGAAGCAACCACGGCCGCUCAAGCCGUUGAUGAGGACGAGUGGGCCGCUUUUCAGCGUGAAGUGGUCGCACCAACCCGUACCCUACAGAGGCCUGCUGCGGUUAUAGCGACGGCAACCAUAUCAGCUGCACCCAUAUCUACUGAAGAGCUCGCUGAGCUGCAAGAGAAAGAGAGUGAAGCCCUAAGGCGUAAUCAUGAAGCGGAGGUGGAGGGCGAAAGGGAGGAUGCGGCUCGAUUUAUGGAGGAAGAAUUUGAUGAAAUGGAACAACUUGAGGAACGAUUAAAGCGUCUCAAGCAAAUGCGGGAGCAACUCAGGAUGAAACGUGCAACAGAGGACGUCGAACCACUCCAAAUGGACGAACGUCUAUCCGCCGCUGCCGGCCCUGGCGAACAACCCCGAAAUGAAGUCAAUUGCACAAUCGAUGACAAAGACGAUGAAGAAGACGAGGAUGAUGACGAUAUUGACGAUGACUGGGACAACUGGAGAUUUAGGUAAUAUUAAUUUGGUCGCGAGACCUGGACGGGGAACGGCAAGGCGUCAUUUUAUACAGGGGAGGUUAAGGGCUUUUCUUAUUUACAAUGAUACCCAAUAAUCCACACAACAAACUCAUGCGAAAAGUGUUUCACUAUCCCUUAAUGAGUCAGAUUGUUCAUUUUUGGCUUACCACAAGAUGGUACUCUUACUUAACUCUACCUAGGCGAAAUGCAAGAACCGCCCCGGCACCAACUGUUGAUGAGAAUAUAUAACGACCCAAAGAUGUACUUCCUAAUAGCUAUGAAAACAGGGUUGUUUGUACAAUACAAAAUAUGAUAGACGAACCGCUU